AUGGAAGAUGAGACUUAAUUCUUAUUCUAAAAUAACUAUAUGAGAUAUGAUACAUCCUUUUAAACUUCAACUGCUGCUGAUAGCUUUGAAUUUGAGCAAAAAGCCUAGGAUUUGAGUGGAUUUGAUCUUAAAUCUAAGUAAAGAUUUCCGUUCAGAAUAUCUAGCAUCGAAUGUAUAGGUAAAAAAAUUGUGCUAGGUAGUGAUGAGGGCUCACUUUAUGCAUAUCAAUAGGUCUAAGCCCCUUAAAAAUAAAGCUUCAAACUAUUAUACUUUGAGCCAAAUGCUCAUUCGCGCUCUAAAGUUGUAAAGAUUCUAAGUGUUAAUGAGCCAAAGAGCAGAAAAAAUGAAUUUAAAAUCUCAGAAUCAAAUAAUUUCAAUAGAAAUUAAGAAACAUCCUACAACGAUAAUAUCAUGAAAAAUCAAAAUUAAUAUCAAUAUAAUUAAUAAGGCUCUUCAUAUAUAAAUUAAGAGAAUACUUUUUGCUAUCCUUCUAACUCUACUGAGUAUUUCUCAAGUAGCCGCGAUAGUACUAACUCAAAAAAAUCUUAAAAAGCAUCUUAGCAUCAACCAUUGUAAAUUGUUAGCUGUGGUUUGUAUGACAGGAGAUUAAUUUUAUGGGAAAUAAAUGGAAAAUUUGAAAAAAUAGCCCAGUCUUAAAUGUUUAAAACUUUAAUUUACAACUUAUCGGUUGAUGAAAACUUUGUAUUUGUAGCUACAUUUCGCAAGAUUUAUGCAUUGAAUUUGACUAAUUUAUAAAUAUGCAUGAAAUUUGGUGUGCCAAAUUAUAAAUAAAUUGAAUUUUAAAUUUCAAGUGUGGGUUGUCUCCCAUUGUCAAACUCUAAUAUUUUAAUAGCAGGAACUGAUAACUACUAAGGAACUAACCAGUUCUUAUCGCUUUGGGAAUAUCCUAAAGAUUACAGCCUGGUUCAGUAAGAUUUAGACCAAUAAAUGUAGGAGGAAGAAGAGGAUUUGAAUGCUUAAACUCAAGUUGUAGUAAAUGACAUAGAAGAUUUAGAUAAUUUUGAUCUUGAUGGAGACUUCAAUGAAGCUCCAGCAGCAGCAGAAAUAAAGUCAAAGAAGAAAAAAAGAGUUUCUUUUUGGAAGCCUAAUAUUCUUGAGCAUUGUCAUUCAACUCGUGUUAGAUAACUCAAGUGUUUCUAAAAUUGUCCUUAAUUUAUUUCAGUCUCAGUUACAGAAAUAAAUAUUUGGAAAAUAAUAGAUGGUAACUAAGUCUAAUCAAUUCAAUAACUUGGCUUUUAAAGCUAGAUUAACUAACAAAUUGGUUAUAGCAUAUCUUCUCCUAGUCUUUCCACAGCUCCUUUCAGCUUUAAGACUGAGAUUCCAGCUGCACAAUAGGUAUUUUCUCUCAAGUUUAAUCAAGAAAGAAAAAUCUACACUAAUGCUAUUAUUGAAAAGAAGACAAACAACAUCCUUUUGUUUGUAGAUUCUGAAGUACUUUCUUUUGACAGCUCAAAUUUCAAAUUAAAUUAUCAUCAAAACUUGCAUUCACAAAAUCAAAUUUCUUAACUUUACUUGAAUUCUUCAAUAAACAACUGCAGCAACAAUAACGAAGAAACAGGAAAAUUCUAGUAAAUGUACCCACACAAUAACCAUUACGUUCUCUUGAGUAACCCCCAAAACGCAGAUCUAAACACACAAUUCGCUACCAAAUAUACAAUCGCUGUUUGCGAAUUCGAGCAGAAAAAACAAACCAACUCCAACAAAGGUCCCAAAACAACUGAAAAUUGCUUUAAUGGAAACCAAAUUAACAUAUAAACAUAAUAGCCUAACUAAAUAUACAGCUAAAACAAUUAUAAUAUUAAUUGUAACUUCUAUUAAAGUGAACAAUAGUAAAUAUUCUAGCCCAUACAUGAGUCGAAAAUUGAAGAAGAAGAUGAAGAUAUUCAAAUUUCUCCUAAAUUGACACCAAGAAAAAAGAAAUUACUCCAAUCACCUAUCAGUAAGCCUUUGUCAUAAAUACCUACAAGUGUUCCUCCAGUUUUGAAAUAUUCAACAGCCCAUAUAAUUCCUUCUACAGCUUCAUACACCAUACUAAUGAAUAAGCUCAAAUAAAUUGAAUAAGCAAACAACGCUGCCAAGAUGAACAACUCCUCAACGAAUUCUCUGCGUCGUCCAUCAUAAUCCUCUACAAACAUUCCAGCGAUAACAUUUAGAAAACCCUUCUCAAACGGUCCAAGAAGCAACAGCAAGUGCAUUAAAAAGUAACUAAAAAGACAUGUUAAAUACUGCAACAAAAAGAAGAAAAUGAAAUAAAAUUUAGUGAAAGUUUUUGCUAACUAAAGCAAUUUAAAUACCUAAAAGAAAGAUAUAAAUCCUUAAUCUUUGAUGCUGGUUUAAUCAUAAACAACUGCAAACCCUUCUUAAUCUAUAAAUGAUAAAGAACAAACAAUAUAGCUACCUAUAAUAGAUCAAUAUUUAAGAAAAAAUGAAUAGAAACAAUAUUUCUCCCAACUAAACAUGAACUAAUUAAAUUCAAAUACCAUCAAAACAAAUAGCUCCUAUGCUAAUAACAUUAGCAAGAGCAGCAACAAAACAUUUAAAACAUUUAUAGUAGCCCAAGAUUCUGAAUCUACCUUGGGCUUCUACUCAAUAUAAUGA